AUGCAGAGCGCGACAUACCUUUGUGCCAAUGGAUUUUUCAAGGCGACUGAGAGUUUAAAGUUCAGGAUCACGGUAAAUGCCGAGCACUGUGGCGAGCGCGUCUUCGCUGUCCAACGCGUCGAGCACAGCGAGCUGUUCGUCGUUGCAUUCGUUGCCUACCGCGCUUUUCUCGCCUGGGACGGAUUCCCCAGAUCUUGCGAUACUCCCAGUGGGCGCGCAAGGCUGCUCAAGUCGAACGCGGCACACGGACUUCCCACGCCUUUCAUGCAAUGGAAUGUUGCGAUGGGGUUUGUCGACCGUCCGAAGAUUGGGCGGACACGACAGUGCUCUGUGCUCCCCUCGCAUAAACCCGUUGGAAUUCCGGUGCCGCUACAAGCGUCAGGAAACUCUGCUGUUUCUGUAAACGAUGAUGGCGAUGCUACAGCGGUUAACGACGUCUACGAUUCUCGCGGUCGGUCGGUCGACCAGCCCAGAUACCCUCGGAGGCCUUCGUCGUUGGACAUCCUUCACAUCUUCCUCUCUCCACAGAACCUUUCCUCCCCUACUCCUCAGAUCCAUACCGCCAACACCCUCCGCGCGUUGUAUCGUUCCCUUCGGCCUGAAGAUCUCUCUAAGCUUAGCUCACAGCGGCUCACUGAUCUCAUUUCUAUCUUCGGUACUCUCUCCGCCGACGACCCGCCAUCAUCACAUAGGAGCGCAUUGGCAGCUCAUAUGGACAAGCGCUCGUUCAGGACCUGGUGGAAAGUAGUUCUGCAGCUCGUGCGGGACAAGAAGAAUGCGGGAAAGAAGAUGCUACCGUCGGAUUACUAUUGGUUGGUCAGGGCGAGGACGUCGGGCCUGACUGGGAUAGAGAUAGAUGCUCUCGAGGACUCUUCAGGUACACUGUUCGUGGCGCGACAGGCGUAUCUUCGCAUCGAGUUCGACCAUACCAAUCCGGAUGUCCAUGUGCCAUAUUUGCGCACUCUAUUGUUACUUCGGCGGCCGAGUGCGACGACCGAGGUCGUGGGCUGGAUAUAUGCGCUUCUUACUGCUCGUUCAACCUUCACCCCUAGUUUGACGCGUAUCCUCUGGGACGUCGUCCUGGGCGAGGAUAUUGUGGUUCCCGAGCAUAUGAAGAGCAAGCUUUUAACUGCAAUUUGGCGUUGUGUGACUAGGCCAGUGCAGGAUGCUCAUGAUCGGUGGGAUAGCAGACAAUCCGAUCAGACCGAAGUCUCUUCAGGCAGCGGCGAAGCUGAUAAUGUGAUAUCUUGUGCCAAUGCGACUGGCCUCACACGUGCAGUGCUUGGAGCUGUUUUCCCCCCGCUUUCUCCACAGCCUAUACCUACCCCGGCACAGCAUCGAAUUCGUGCCUGGGCAGUCCACACAGCGGGUCACAUGCUCUCUCCCCUCUCCGAGACACCCAUCCGAUGGCGCAAUCUGGCCCUGCUUGCUGUCGCCAAUGCCCAUACGCCUGACCUAUCUUACGUCGGCGCGGCGUUCUCCUCGAGCGGCGAGCACGGCAAGAUUGCGCUCGUGGCCACCGAUUUCCGCGUCGUUGCUGUACUAUCCUUGCUCGAAAACAUUGCGCGGACGACAGAUCUAUCGCCCGAGGUACACGGUUUCGUGCGCGGGAUUUGGCGCAUCUGGGUCGAGGCCGUGGACGACGAUCGGUCGGUGCACCCCGCGGUCGUCCGGCCCAUAAUCGCGUCGUUCUUGCGUCUAGCCGCGCGUUCGCGGGAUGACGACCUCCGGCGAUCGUGUGUAGGUCUGUGCGCCACCGGCUUCUGGACGUUCGACGUGGGAGACGAUUUCGCAAAGCGACAGGUACAGGCGCUCUCGGCCGAUUGCCUCGUCGCCGCAGCCAUGUGUGGGAAUACAGAAUGGGGGGACAUGAUUUCUUCCCUUCCGCAUUUCGUCUCGAUACCGCAAUGGCAACCGAACCUGACGAGGAAUGUCUUGAUGCGUUUGGCGAACUUGGAUGCGGGGCUGGCACGGGACGUGUACGCCGCGUGGAACACCCGUCUCGAAGUUCCGGUGGACGUCGUAGGGCCGCUCAGUGCGGCUUUGAUCAGGCAAAACCACUGGGAAUCUGCGAUGCAUCUGUUACUCGAAUCUCAAUAUCGGUUUAGGGGUGAUGAGGGUGAACGUGCUCUGGGGGUCAUCUUGUUUCCUUUGGCGAAGCAGGGUGACCGGUACAUUGACCUGCAGGUGGCCAGACUAAUUGCCGAUGCUAUGUCCGAGCUCUACCAGUCUCAGUCCUUGACCCCUCCUACUCGAUUCAGAGGUCGCAUUUCGUUCGCUCUACUCACCCUGGUCAAUACCGGCUAUCCUACCAUCGCAAUCAAAGUGUUCAAGAAUAUAGUAACAAAGAAGCCCCGAUAUUUCACCGGUUCUUUCGUCCACAAUUUUUUGCAGGCAUUCGUUGCACAUCGGCAGUUUUCAAGUGCUGUCCAACUUGUGGGGGAUGCUGCAACUCUAUAUCCUUCGCAAGCGCGCCGAUGGCGCCGGUACAUACUCCUAAGGCUAUCGCAGAACGGAUCCCAUCGGCUCGCCGCGACUGUCGCUCCGGGGGUGACCAGGCGUUCAUUCGGCAGCGCACUCGCUCACGCGAUUAAUUUUGAUGCGACGUCGGUUCGUCACAGAAGGCUAGCAGGGUUCCGGAUGCUCAGAUGGAUGAAACGACCUCGCCAGGUAGAAGGCUCGGCGAGUCUCCACUGGGCAUUGGACCUCCUCGCGCAAUCGCGCAGUGUCGGUGCCGUGCGGAAAGUCCACGCACGCCUAGCGCUUGCAAAGGACGAUCAGCAGACGCUCGGCAACAUUAUUCUACACAACUAUGUGCGACGGCGGAAGUCCCGUGACGGGCAGAACGUCAGGGACGUGCUGCGCGCGCUGAAUCAUCUUGUCUCAGAACACGGCUUUGUUCCGGACCGUGUCACGACGAACAUCGUGCUCAAGGCGAUGCUUAGGUGGAAGGUCGGCAUGGACGGCUUCAAGGUCCGCGCGCUGUUCGACCAUCUCAUCCGCGCUGGCUAUCCCGGCGGGCCGAGGUUCUCUGGGGUUGGAGAGGAUGUGCCGUUUGGGACGAAGGGGAUUGACAGGUUGCCGUCGGGAGUGCCGCUUUCGGGUGCGAAGGGGGAGGUCAAGUUCUUUCGGCACGUGAGGCCGCUAUACAAGAUGAUUAUCAAGGCUAUGUUUGUGAGAGGGGAUGGUGCUGGGGCAAGGAUGGUGGUGGGGGUUCUUCAGGAUGUCACACAGGAGACCAGAGAUCGAUCUAUGAGGGGAGGGCUGGAGCGGGAGGGAGAGGAACAUAGUCAGGUAUAAUUUAUACGGGUUGUGUAGGUGCUAUCAACAUGGUUUGGGAUGCCCCGGAGGAGUCUCGUGCGUUGUGUUUUGUCGUGUAUAUGCGCAUACAGGAAGGGACAAUAGAGCUUGUCGCCGCU